AUGUCGAGGCGAUUUUCUCUCGAGCAAGCCUUUAUACUCCUAGAGGUAGAUAUGUCAGAGGUUGACGAUUAUAACUAUCAAGAUGUUUCAGAAGAGGAGGUGGCAUUGGUAGCAGCUAUUAGGAGUAGAGUUGCAGAAGAUGGAGAUGUUGCAGCUGAGAUUAUGAAUGCAUACACUUACAGCAUUCCUGUGGAAAUUCAUCCAAACGAUGACGGUGAAAGUGAUGAGGCAGAGCACAAUGAUGAAGAUGACACACCCCCUCAAUAUGCUACUUGGAAGACGAAAUGA